UUGAAGUUAGGCAUCAAGUCACUGUGAUGAAACAGCUGAAAUAAUUGAAACCCUUGUAUGGUCGUUUAGGACGUUAAGAAAUCAACUAAUAUUUCUGCCAUUAAAGUCAGCAGCCAACGUGGUGUAGUACCAGUAAAAGAACCAGGUCUCCAUUGUAAUUAAUGGUAGACAAAGUCAAUGAAGACUUUUAUCUGUGCGUAGUAUUUACACAUAGCAUUAACAUCACUACUUUUACCAGUUAAGCCAAUCAAAGAAACAUCCAAUUUAUUAUCUGAUUUCUACAGAAAUAGAGCGAGAAAACACAAAGUAAUAAAUGGCUUCACCUUGUGUGAGAGAUUCCUCAGGAGCCUGCUGCGAUGGUUGUUGCCCAAAUCCUUUUGUUGGGCAUCCUGAGUUUCAUGCUUUAGCUCCAAAGUCCCCAACAACUGCAGCUUCAGCCAGAAAGGAGUUUAAACUUACCACAACAACUUCUCUUUUCCCAACUAAUGUUCAUUUCACCAAUCAUGAGUCUCUGCCUUCAUUGCAAGAAUCAUAUUCUAACUUCACCAAGGUAUUUCCACAAUACUUGAUGAAUGAUGAGGCUGAUCAAGUCCGAUCCCAACAUUAUUUCCAUCUCUCCUUGUCGAAUCAUGUUUGUUUUGAUUACAUUGGCCAUGGUCUUUUCUCUUAUACUCAGCUACAGGCACCUUCAUCAUCGUCUUCAUCACUUCAAUUACAACCGCCCUUUUUUGACGUUUGCUACAAGUCUGUGAACUUGAAUUCUCAAAUGCAAUAUGGCAGCGAAGAAUCGGAAUUGGAAUGCGAAAUCCGGAAAAGAAUCAUGGGUUUUAUGAACAUUGAUGAAGAUGAUUAUACCAUGGUGUUCACAGCCAAUCAGUCGUCUGCUUUUAAGCUUCUGGCAGAAUCUUAUCCCUUUCAUUCUAAUGAAAAUCUACUCACUGUUUAUGACUACGAAAAUGAGGCAGUGGAGGCGAUGGUGGAAAGCACCAAGAAGAGAGGAGCAAGAGUCAAGUCCGCAGAGUUCUCUUGGCCUAAUCUGAAAAUUCAUUCUGAAAGAUUGAAUAAGUUACUGGGGAAGAGCAAGAAGAGAAAAAAGGGACUUUUUGUAUUUCCUCUUCAAUCAAGAGUGAGUGGAGCAAGAUAUUCAUAUCUGUGGAUGAGUUUGGCUCAAGACAAUGGUUGGCAUGUGUUGCUUGAUGCAAGUGCCCUGGGGCCUAAGCACAUGGAUACAUUAGGCCUUUCCCUUUUUAAACCUGACUUUCUAAUUUGUUCAUUUUACAAGAUUUUUGGAGAAAAUCCUUCCGGGUUCGGCUGCUUGUUUGUCAAGAAAUCGAGUGCUUCAGUCUUGCAGAGUUCGACUGGUGCUGCAAGCGUAGGGAUUGUGAGUCUAGUCCCAGCCAUGAGACUGUCUCAAAUGACAGAAGGUUCAACUUCUACUGAUGUGGAAAUGGAGCAAGGGUCAAAGUCAGAGUUGCAGAAAGAUAAUAUAUCUCCUCCUGAAAUCGUGGAAUUAGAAACAACCAAUGAAUCCACCCAAUCUAAAAUCAGAGAAAUCAGCAUUAUUGAGAGCAGCACAAAAGUUGAAUGUAAAGGGUUGGAUGAUGCGGAUUCAUUAGGCCUGAUUCUGAUCAGUCAAAGAGCAAGGUACCUGAUAAACUGGCUACUUAACGCAUUGAUGAAUCUUCGACAUCCAUAUUUAGAACAUGGGCUUCCUCUGGUCAGAAUCUAUGGACCAAAAGUAAUGUUCAACCGAGGACCAGCUGUGGCAUUCAAUAUAUAUGAUUGGAAUGGUGAAAAGGUUGAUCCUGCCCUGGUACAAAAGCUAGCUGAUAGGUACAAUAUUUCAUUAAGUUGUGGGUUUUUGGUGAACAUAUGGUUCUCAGACAAACAUGCAGAAGAGAGGGAAAUGGUUUUGGAGAGAAGAUGUGGAGAUGGAGAUAGAAAUGAUAGAGGGAUAUCAGUGGUAACAGCUGCACUGGGAUUCUUGACAAAUUUUGAAGAUACAUACAGGCUUUGGGCAUUUGUUUCAAGGUUCUUGGAUGCAGAUUUUGUGGAGAAAGAAAGGUGGAGAUACUUAGCUCUUAAUCAAAGGACAAUUGAAAUCUAAACUAGUUAAAUUAUUCCUUCAUUCAUUAAUUUUAUAUUUUUAUAUGAGUAUUGAUGUCAAGUAAAAAUAUAGUCAAGUAUAGAGGUGUGCACAGAACUUCACAGUUGUGAUAUUAUAAACCCUCCAACUCUUCAGGUUGUUUGAUUGUUGAAAUAAAUUUCAUGACACAUUCAUUCA